AUGACUAUCUCCAACAGCUGUUGUCGCAGGCCUGGUCACAGCCCCUUUACCACACUCAAGCUCAUCUUCAAUCUACGUCACCGAUGUGGUAAAUUUGACGAGCAAGCCUUCUACACGGCGGCUUACUGGCUCUACCAAUACCACCACAAGACCCUUGCCUGCAACGUCAUUGCUAUUGCUGCCUCCUUUGGCACUAUCCCGACCUUCUCUAGAGACCAAUUGCCCAAUGCUCGUUUCUACCACCCGAUCACACAAGGCAUCGAGGGCCGUACUUAG